UUUGUUGUUGUCUCGAACCUCAUUCAGCUGGCAUGGGGACCUCUAAUACACAUAUAUUGCUUUCUCUUAUUCAAAUUUUUAUUCUAUGUUGGUUAUGUUUCAUGGCCAAAGUUGAAGGUUUAAACAAAAAGGUCUCUGGCUUUUAUGUGUUUGGAGACUCAACAGUUGACCCAGGAAACAAUAACUUUAUAAAGACGCUUUUCAGGAGCAAUUUUCCACCAUAUGGCAUGGAUUUUCCACACCAAGUUCCCACAGGGAGGUUUACUAACGGGAAGCUUGCCACUGAUUACAUUGCUUCUUAUUUAGGUCUCAAGAAAGAGCUUCUUCCACCUUAUUUGGACCCAAACCUCAGCAAUAUUGAAGAGCUGGUGACAGGAGUUAGUUUUGCCUCUGCUGGUUCUGGAUUUGACCCAAUUACACCAAGCAUCACUAAUGCAAUUCCAAUGCCAAAGCAGUUAGAAUAUUUUAGAGAAUGCAAAAAGAGGGUGGAGGAAGCGAUGGGCAAGCAAAGAACUGAAAAUCAUAUGAAGAAGGCUGCGUUUUUCAUCAGUGCUGGUACGAAUGACUUUGUUCUUAAUUAUUUUACUCUACCAAUGCGAAGAAGGAGCUAUACUAUCUUAGCCUACCAGCAGUUCUUGAUCCAACAUGUGAAAGAUUUUAUACAGGAUUUGUUGUCAGAAGGUGCUCGAAAAAUUGCAAUAGGUGGAUUACCUCCAAUGGGAUGCCUACCGGUCAUGAUCACAGUGAAUUCCCCUAAUGCCUUUUUAAAGCGUGAUUGUAUUGACAAGUAUUCCUCCAUUGCAAGAGAUUUCAAUCAACUCCUUCAACAUGAAUUACAAGUAGUGCAAUUAGAGCUCAAUUUGUCUAAUCCAGGCGCUAAGAUCUAUUACAUUGACAUAUAUGGACCCUUAGCCGAUAUGAUUCAAGCACAUAAACGAUAUGGAUUUGAUGAGGUUGAUAGUGGGUGUUGUGGAAGUGGGUACAUUGAAGCAUCAAUUUUGUGUAAUAAGAUUUCAGAUGUGUGUCCUGAUCCAUCCAAGUAUGUAUUCUGGGAUUCAAUUCACCCAACUGAGAAGGCAUAUCACAACCUCUUCUUGGCUAACCUGCCCACCAUUGAUUUCAUCGCCAACAACUAGAAUUAGUUCUUAAAUACUUAUUCCUUCUUUUUCUUGUCAUCGGUUAUGGCCUCCCAAAGUUAUUGUAAUUUCUUUUUUCUUUUUUCUCCCCCAAAGAAAGUAGUAUGGGAUAUCUCAAUUGGAUAUAUAUGUAUGUUGUGUGGCAUAACAAAACAAAAUGUGAUCAAUGUUGUGUAUACCAAU